CCGAAACAUUGCGAGAAAUGACGAUGAAACGCUACAGGAAACUUCGCCCUUUCGACAAAUUGGAACAGAAUCGUCCUCCCGCCCAGUCAUUAAUCAAGAACAAUGCUUGCAUGCUGAAUAAGCUUCCCUCUUUGGAUACGGAUAUGAAAAAAAUACCAACUAAUAAGAAAAAGAAAAGUCAACAUUGUUACAAAAGCGAGGAUGGUGGAGAGGUUUCUACCAAGGUCUUAAGAAAAGAAAGUCACGAUUAUGUCAAAGAUGGCGAUAAAAAAGACAUCAAAAAAAAUACUUCGUAUACUCACAUGUUUGACGAAAUGAAAUCUUAUGAUCAUGACAUCACCUACACACAAAUCAUGGAAGCGGCCUCAAAAGAAAAGAAAAGUGUUCAUAUAUCAAAAUCAACACCACCGAUUCUUUCUAACAACGAAGAUGUCCUUACAAACCCAGAAAAUUGUGCUUCAUCGAAAACGAGCAAAAAAUCAGCGAAAAAAUUCAAUAACAUCAGCUUGAAACGGAACGCUAGGGUUAAAAGCAUGACAUUUACUUAUAAAUAAAAAAAAGAGAAAAA